AGGAAAAAAAAGUUGUGCGGCCGCCUCCGGGAAGAGAAUUCUUCUUCGUUUUGAAUCCCUGCGUAGAGACGACGGAGACGAUGGCUUUGAACAAUGGUAUAAGAUCCGCCACGAAGCUGUUCGUUUCAUCUGAAUCGGCUAGCUUGAGAUCAGUGAUGAAAAGAGGCUUCCAUUCUACCAGAGUGAAGAGGAUGGGCGGUGGCCAUCACCACGAUGAACCGUACUACCUCCACGCAAAGCACAUGUACAACUUGGACAGGAUGAAGCAUCAAGCUCUCAAGAUGUCUCUUGGUGUUUUCACGGCUUUUAGCAUCGGCGUGGGUGUUCCCAUUUACGCCGUCGUUUUCCAGCAGAAGAAGACAGCCUCGAGCUGAUCAUAUCUCGCUUGCCCACAACAAGACAGGUCUUUCUUUGCUCACUUGGUAGCAUUGCCAAGAACAUUAUCGGUAUGAGUUCAAACUCAAAACCCUCAUUUUUUUUCUUUGCUAUUGACUCUCUCUGCCAUUUGCUGAUGUCGGAAAGAGUAGGAAUCUUCAGCAAAAUUCCCAAUAAAAAGAAAAGGCACUGCCCCACUUUUUCUUUAUUUUGUUAUCUGCCGUUUCAUUAGAGAUUAUAAUAAUCGGCAUUGUAACUA